AUGAACGCUGUCGACUACUACACCAGCUUGAUUGACUGGGUAUUUAGUCAUGCAAGAGUGCUCCACGAAUACAUGUUUUUAAUUCAGUCGAUAGUGACUUGUACGGCCCUAUUCUGGCUGCUGAGGAGGGCGUGGGAGGUUCUUUGGACCCCUCUACCACGACUUAUUAGCAUUUUAGGUGUCGAAGUCCCCGACCCGCCAGAGGUUUCUCUUGCCUGCAUUAAAUCAGAUGCGUUGACAUUACAUUGGUCAUCAUCGCCACCGAACAAAGGUGUGGUGCGGUACAUCAUCCAAGUAAAUGGCGUCGAUGUGGGUGAAUCUUCCCAAGGAGAAACAGUCAUUAUCGAAGGACUCAAGCCUGGUAAUUUUUACAAUGUGAGGGUUAUUGCGGUUGGUACGCAGAAUUUUCAGGCUGGGAGUAGAGUUAUACGGUUGAGAACUUUGGGUCGAGAUGGACUCCCACGCCAUGGAGUCAUAAGGAAUGAAGCCGAUCUGUCGAAUGAAGAUCAACAUGAUGCUGGCGGAGAAAGUUUACCCACGGUUCGAGCCCACGGAGUCUCAGCCGACGGCACCAAUCCUCCUGCAGCCACGGUUCAGGUUGUCGUACGAGAAUCGAGCGUUUCACAUCCUAGCCAGAGAAGAAAUACCGUAGGUAGAAAACACUCACAAUCAACAGCUACCGCCACCGCGGAGAACUGGUCCGCCUCGAAUGCUCAACCUUUGGAUGAGAGCCGAGAGACGAUACAAGAGUUGCAGGAACAACAAGAUAGGAUCCAGAAGGAGCUCGAAGAUGUGAUUGCACAAGGUCUGAAGGAAUCUGAGGAGAUCAAAAAUCAAAUCCUUCUUUUAUCCGAAGAUAAAGAUAAAAAGACAGAAAUGGUCAAGGACAAGGAGGAAGCGAGCGAGACGUUGAGAAAAGAGGUCAAGAACCUGGAGGUCAAGAAUCGACAAGCACAAUCGCGGAAGACGGCGUUACAAAAGAGUUUACAGGCCAAGCAGGUGGAGAGAAAGAAGAUGCAAGAUGAACAAGCACGCUGGAAGAAGGAAAUAAAGUCAAUGGGCGCUGAAAUGGAGUCCUGGAGUCGCGAGGCAGAGGAGAUACGUACGUCUACAGAGGCAAAAUGCGAGGAGCUUCGUGAGAAUAUUCGAAACGUUCAAGAUUUGAUUGCAAAAUUUACGCGUGAAGUCGCGGAGAAAGGGUUAUUGGUCAAGAGCCUAGAAGAGGAAAGGGAGGGUCUUGGAAUUGGGCUGGAUGACGAUCAAGCCUGGGAGGCAGAAAGCAGAACGCAACACGCUAUUGCGCAAGACUACAGUCAACGCCUGGAGCGACUUGAGAACGAACUACAAGCGGCACAGGCCAAUUUCACAGCGCUUUAUGCCCGGUUACCAAGCAAUCCAAGCGAUCUCAUGAAUCACGCAAAUUCCUCUGGAGUUGAUUUCGAUCCGAAUGGACAACACGGCAGAGCCAAAUCUCGAAGACAACGCACUCGCAAGAGCCGCACGAAUACGGUGUCAUCUACUUCUGGCUAUGCAAUGGCCGAGUCCCAAUAUUCAAGUACUGGUAUAUUCAACAACUUCAACUUAAUGAGCUCACCCGCUUAUGCGGCAGCUCCAUAUCUGAAUCUAGCUAUGAGUAAUGAUACUACGAUGGCUUCGGCUUCGGGUCAAUCGGGAGGGAUGAGCGAAGCUGAUAUUCAAUCGCUCACGGCCGGGGCACCGCUCAGUCCGACAGCAACCAUGCUAUUACCUUCAACUCUUUUCAAUGACGAUGAGCUUCAAGGUGCUGAUGAGGAAGGCCCUGAAUAUAUGUCAGAGUUGCAUCAUUCAUAUAGUCCGCCACAACGACAUAAUGAUACACAAUCUCCAGGGUCUAGUCGCUCUGCUAGUCUAAUGUCUAGUCCUCACGCGUCAUCGCAAAAUCUUGCAAAAUAUGGCGUUACACACCAUGAUUAUGCUCUCGAUGCUGAUCGUAGUUCGCUAGGCUCACCCUCGUCAAAGUUUGGAGUAAUUGGAUCACCAGCACGAGCCGGUCAAUCAACAUCUCACAGGAAUUUUGGCAGCAUGUUUACUUCUCUUCGAAAGUCUGAGAAGGCCCCUCAAGAUGGACUCCCUCUUGGUAGUUUGAAAGGCCAGAGCCAUUCAUUCCCACGUUCCACUGAUGAACCGGAGACUUCCAAUAGGGCUCGUCGUAUAAGCUUCUCAUCCGGUUGGGGGAAUGUCUUUCAACGAAGCGCUACAGUUGGUGACUCUUCUGAGGGCAAUGCACCUGCUCCAGCUCGUCCAAAUGGUCGGAGACAACUUGGGUUUAGUAUGUUUGGCUUUAGAAAUGAAGAUACAAACCAUCUACGUUCCGCUCGUGACCCUAGUAGCCCUCGCCCGACGUCUAUUGCCUCUUCUGAUCUGCCACGCCCAUCAACGGAUAGUGCACCAUUCGGGUGGGGGCCAGGAGCUGAUGGGACCGUAAACAAAAGCCCACUUGUUACCGAUUGGUCUGUGUCCGCCCCACCAACUUGGUCCAGCAAUCCAUCGAGAAGGCCUAGUUUCCAACAUGGUUCCUCUAGUGCACUGGCUUCUGAGAUUUUGAGCGGAUCAGACGAAUACUUCUAUGAAGAUAACAUUCACUCAAGUCCACCUCCAAAUCUGGGGGCCAUUGGCACGCGGCCCCCUUCGUCGCACAAUUCAGUUUUACCUAAGCUCAACCCUAACGCGCCAAAAUUCGAACUCCCUCAAACCAGUGAGCCUGUCUUUUCUCGUCUUCUGAGAAGUAAAGGUAAAGGUAAGGCUCCAGAUCAGAACACCGAAUCCUUUGACCCUACCUAUGAUACACCUCACCCCAUUACCUCUUCUCCAUCUGAAUCGAGAAGGUCCCGAGACUCGCCAUCUAUCCACACGCAAAAUAGUGUGGCCGAAUCAAUAGAUAGCUUGGAUAGGACCAAAAGUAACACAGCAUCUGAUAUUGCAGGAAGCGCGAAAGGAGAAUCAUCCUUCACAAAGCUCCUCCGUAAAGGUAGUUCGAGUAAAUUCAGCUUAGGAGGCAAAGAUUCGAUUUUUGGGAGGAAAAAGGGAGGAAGUAGUACGGCUGCUUCGGAUCACAAUGAUAGGGAUGAAGGGUUGGAUGACCUUGGUGAUUCUUUGCUCAUUGGAACUGGGGGAGAAAGUGCAACUAGUAGUCCAAGGAUCGGCGGAUUUGAAGGAAGUGAUGGGAAAGCAAAAGGUGCGACUAGAGAAAGAAAGAGCUCGACGUGGGGAAGAUUCCAAAGGAAGAAGAGAGAAAGUUCGGAAAUAGAGAGGAGUGAGAGAAGUGAAGCGGAGACGACAGGUACGGAAGAUGAGCAUGAGUGA